CUAAACUAGGCACGAGGAUCAUCCCUUUUCGCCUCUAAUUAGUCUGCGUUAAGCAAAUACUCAGAAAUUUCGUACAGCAACAGCAUACAUUAACAGGAUUUUUCAUUACUCUCCGUACAAACAAAACCCUUAAGCCCGCUCCCCCCUCUCCUCCUCCCUUCGAUAACCCUAAAUUUUUCUCUUCUCUUUUCUUCCACUAUUAUUCACCCAGCUUGACAUCUUAUUGUCACAGGGAGGGGUUGCUGCGGCUACAUCCGUAUUUGGCUAUCAUUGAUGGAUUUAUAAAGUAAGUACAUUUCAUGGAUGGCCUCAAGAAGAUGCAGAAGUUAUAAAAAGGGAGAUAAAAAAAGGUUAAGUCAGCUCUAAUGCAAAACAGAUAAGAGCAGAACUAGGGAGCGGACAAAGUCCAAAAUACUGAUCAGAGCUAUUUACAGGGGUCAGAUUGAACCAACUAAACAAAUCAAGUAAACAUCUAGUCUUCAGGGAGUGGUUACAUUUGCCAUUCCUUUACACACCAUAAAUACUAGCAGUUAUGGUGUUCUUUGUUUUCAUCAAGUGUGGAAAGCAUUACAAAGAAAUUCAAGAAUUUUAAAGACUUCAAAAAUUCUUGAAAUUUGGUCCAAGGAAAGAUCUUUUGGAGUUUAUCAGGACAAGGAAAAGAAGCAAUUGAUUUUAUCCAAGUGCAAAAUGUCUGAGCAACUCCCAAAGUUGAGUAAAAAGCAAUUGAAGACUCAGGAUCAAAGACGAAUAUCUUCAAGUCCCAAGGAUCAUUCUUCUAGAAAGCAGCUCAGGAAAGGGGAAAACCCUCUCCGAAUUCUACCAGAGCAUUGUGCAGAUGUGAAAUGUUCAAAUUCAUGGAUCUGCAAAAAUUCUGCAUGCAGGGCAACUAUUUCUAUAGAUGACACUUUUUGCAAGAGGUGCUCUUGUUGCAUUUGUCACUUAUUUGAUGACAACAAGGAUCCUAGUCUUUGGUUGGAGUGCACAUCUGAAUCUGGUCCGGGGGACUCAUGUGGCCUGACUUGCCACGUUGAGUGUGCCCUCCAACGUGGGAAGGUGGGCGUUGUUGAUCUGGGACAACUGAUGCAGCUAGAUGGGAGCUAUUGUUGUGCUUCUUGUGGUAAAGUCUCAGGAAUUCUUGGGUUUUGGAAGAAACAGCUUUGUGUAGCUAAGGAUGCUCGCCGUGUUGAUGUCCUCUGCUACAGAAUAUACCUGAGUUACAGGCUCCUGGACGUGACAUCCAGAUUUAAAGAACUCCAUGAAAUUAUUAAAGAAGCCAAGGCUAAAUUGGAGACGGAAGUUGGCCCAGUGAAUGGAUCGUCAUCGAAGAUGGCGCGAGGUAUUGUUAGCAGACUUUCUGUUGCCACUGAUGUUCAGUCAUUGUGCUCGAUUGCCAUUGAGAAAGCUGAUGAAUGGCUGCUAACAAAGACUAGCAAACUUCCUAAUUCCUCAGAGGGUUCAUUUCCUGCAGCGUGCAAAUUCCUUUUUGAGGAAGUGACAUCAUCUUCAGUUGUGAUUGUAUUGAUAGAAGUAUCCACUGCAUCCUCUGAAGAUGUUAAGGGCUACAAGCUCUGGUACUGCAAGGCCAGAGAAGACACUUAUACAAAAGAACCUGUCUCUGUCUUUCCAAGAACUCAGAGAAGGAUUUUGAUAUCGAAUUUGCAGCCUUGCACAGAGUAUUCGUUUCGGAUAGUUUCUUAUACAGAGGCCAGCGAUGUGGGGCACUCUGAGGCGAAGUGUUUUACAAAGAGCGUUGAGAUAAUUCACAGGAAGUCUAAUUCAGUAGCAGGACACAAAAGAAAGGUCAAUCAGGAUACUGGAGGAACCUCUGGUUCCAAGGAAAGCUACUACACUGGAAAAGACAUUGAAUUCGAUUCUGGCUUCAAGGUCCGUGACCUUGGCAAAAUUCUAAGACUUGCAUGGGCUCAACAGCAAGGCUGUUUAAAAGGAUUCUCUGGACCUGCAUCUGCAAAAUGCUGUGAGUCUUGUACUGUUAAGCCUGAACCUGUACAGGAAGAGAGGAAGCCAUCUACUUCUCGCCAGCUCGACUUAAAUGUUUCUUCAGUACCUGAUUUAAAUGAAGAGUUAACCCCUUCAUCCAGAGAUGAAGAUAACUGCUGCACUUUAGAGCAGACUGUUGAAGCAGAUGAUGAUGCCACUUCCCAUGGCAUUGAGAGGAAUGGUCUUUCCAGAUCACAUGGUAGUGGAGAUUCCCAAAACUGGAACCAGGGGAAGAAUGGAGAUGCGUCAGUUGUUGAUUCUCAGAUGGAGGAUUGUCGGAAGAGAGGAUCUAGCAAUAAUGGUGACACACACGACUCCGACAGCACCCUAAUCAAUGGUUCACCUAUCCGAAUUCGAACAGGAGGCUUGGAUGAGAACUUUGAAUAUUGUGUCAAGAUCAUCCGCUGGCUGGAAUGUCAGGGUCUGAUUGAGAAGGAGUUCAGGUUAAAGUUGCUUACUUGGUUUAGCUUGAGAUCAACAGUGCAGGAGCGUAGGGUGGUAAAUACCUUCAUUCAAACGCUAAUAGAUGAUCCAAGUAGCUUGGCUGGUCAAUUGGUUGAUACCUUUUCAGAAAUAGCAUCCAGCAAGAGGCCGCAGAAUGGUUUUUGUUGCAAGCUUUGGCAUUAGCUUAUCAAGUGCACAAAGGAUCAAAAACUUCUACCUAGAUGAUAGUAGUCUUACAGACCAUCUUGCCGCUGUCUUAACACAAUUUUUUCUCUGUAGUCUGUAGUGAAUGAUUCAUUUGUGUAGUGGACAAGCCUGUCCAGCUACAAGAUUUGGGUUGUUAUUCAUGUAGACAGUUCUUGACUUUCUCCGUGGGAGAGAAUUAGAUUGAAGGAAAUUCACAUUUGUAGGAAACAAUGUCUCUCAUUUCUCAGCCUUGAUUGCAUGAGAAAUUCAAUUAACGACUUUUUGUACUUGAAAGAAAAGAUGAAUGGCUGAUAGGCAUCACAAGGCUUUUUAAGAAGAAAA